AUGGGAUGCAGCCCAGGAAGUAUGUGUGAACGAGUUGGCAUCCCAUUGUUUGUAACUGGGGGAAUUGGAGGUGUGCAUCAACAUGGCGAGAAUACUAUGGACUUAUCCUCCGAUCUGACUGAGUUUGGAAGGACGCCUGUAGCAGUCAUCUCUGCUGGCGUAAAAUCAAUUUUGGAUAUCCCAAGGACCCUUGAGUGUUUGGAAACACAGGGAGUUUGUGUAGCUGCUUACAAGACCAAUGAAUUUCCAGCAUUUUUCACAGAAGCAAGUGGAUGCAAGGUGCCUUGCCGUGUUGAUACCCCAGAUGAUUGUGCUCAGCUUAUAGAUGCAAACCUAAAACUUCAGCUUGGAACUGGAAUGUUGAUUGCUGUUCCAUUUCCUAAAGAACACUCGGCUUCAGGAAGUUUAAUUGAGUCUGCAAUACAGACAGCUCUUAGAUAAGCUAGGUGA